AUGUGGUUGUACUUUACAAAGAACCGGAAGGCGUGCAUUCUGUUUUUGCUGCUGCUGAUGCAGCUGCUCGGCUUCCUCGCGUACAGCGGGUACGUGAGGAGGGUGGGGCAGGGGAGGCCUGGCCGCGCGGCGCACAGCCAGGGGGAUCAGACUAUAUUUAUUGGCGAGGCUAAGCCACGGGACGCGGCGGCGCUUGGGGGUCUGACCACCGCCGUGCAGAAGUACACCCCCGCGGAGCUGUUGGCCGCGUACGAUGACAUGGACUUCAUCUACACCUUCGUGAACGGCACGGAGCGCGACCACGCCUUUCGCCGCCUGCUCUGCUACGAAUGCAUCGGUGAUAUUAUGCGUGCGGAGGAGGCCUUCUACUCGCAGGGCAAAGUCGUGAGGCCGGAGUGUGUCAAGCAUGGCGCUUUACCCCGCGCGAAAACGGUCCGGGCGCUGUUGGAGGAAGUGAGCGGCGGCCCCGCCAAGGAAGCAUCGGUGCGCGACCGCGAACGCGACGAGCUGCGGUACAGCAUCCGAAGCGUGGAGCAGCACAUCCGCUGGCACCGCGGCCGCCUGCUCAUCGUCUCCCCUGGCCACCACCCGUACUGGGUGGAUCAGGCGAAGAACUUCAUGUUGAGCGCCCUCGCGGCCAACCGGGGGCCCCACAUGCGGGGACGGCACCCCCGCCUCACCACCGUGCACCAGGACGUGCUGAUGCCCUACGGCAUGCGCCUCACCCUGGACUCGCACACCAUUGAGAUGCAGCUCUUCCGCGUGCGCAACACCACCCCCAUCCACGUCUUCUUCAACGACGACUACUUCGUUAACCGCGACGUGGAGGUGACCCAUCUCCUCAACGAGAACGGCGGCACCUACGUUCGCACGGAGAACGGCAUGCUGCAGAGGGCGGUCCGGGCCUCCGGCGGGGGCUCCUGGGGCGCUGGGGUGGAUCACACAAACCUCUUCAACACGAUGGAGCUCGACAUCCACAAGGAGGACCGCCUCCCGCUCAACCUCUUCGAACGCUGGCAGGCGGCGGGGGAAGACCCCACGCAGAGCGUCCCGGUCGCCUCCGGGGACCGGCUCAUCCACACCGCCCACAGCCAUCGCCCGUACUCGCUCCCCCCGAAGGCCACACCGCAGCGGCCACGCUUUUACGCCACACACGCGCCGUUUGUGUACUGCACCCGCAUGUUUGAGUUUAUCAACACCAGGUAUGAGCUGGAGGUGGCCACCAACACCAUGAGCCAUCGCGGACGUUCGGCGCGCGACCUCUUCACCCCCUUUGUCUACAACGCCUUCAUCAUGGCACGCCCGUGGCAGUCCUCACCGCGCUUCCUGCCGUACCUCACCAAACUGCGCUUGAGCCGCAUGAGUGACCGCGGGGACCCCGCCCCGCCGCCGCUGCAUGUUCGCCUAGACAACAAGGAUGCCUGCGCCCCCGCCACGCUGCUGCGCGGACGGGUUUCAGAAGCCAUGUAUGGAAAGUUUGUGGACGAAGCCGGUGGAAAUGAACGGUUCAUGCGUUCAGUGAAGGAACGUAACCCGCUUUUCUUCAACAUCAACGACGGCUUCAGAGAGCUGAACAGCACCUUGCAGUUGCAGGCCUUCCUCUCGAGGCUUUUUCCGCAGCCGGUGUUUGUUGAACGCACCGCAGCCGAGAAAGACAAUCACGCCCCGUAUAUUACCGCGUUUCAGGGUCUGAUGAAGCUUCCCCUGCUCAUCUUUGCCUCAUACAGGGAGGCGCUCUGUCCCCUCGUCCGCAGCCUAAAGCUUGCCAUGCCGCAGUUUGACGGACAGGUGAUACUGGUGCGGGAAACUGGCGCAGCGGCAGAGGACAAGGAAGGCCUCGAGGGGGUGCGACAGCGGCUGAAGCACCGAGUGAGGAGCGCAAUGCCAGUGGUGCUGUGCACGUUUGGCGGGAAAGUGAAGGAGGUCAACGUGUCCACCGGGCAAGACAUCAGUGCGGCGGUGAAAGAGGCCCUCAGCGCCGUACCAAACUCCGCCAAACCACCCGUGCUGCUGCCGGAGGACUACAUUGGCGGCAGUCAGGUGAAGGUGGCCGCGCUGGCUAUUGAUGCCCGCACAAGCCACCCCCUCGACAGCGUCGCGGCGCUCACGCGCGCCAUCGAGGUGCCGGGACAGUCCCUGGCCCUCGAGGACUUUGAGCUUGCAGGCCCGAUUGGCUCACAGGGCUCCGUUUUGGUUCUCUCACGCGCGGACGCAGCGCGGAAGGCGGUCCACUGGGUAAAUGGCGCCUCGGAAACGGACCUGCUGAUCACCUUUCCUCUGCCGUACGCGCUUUAUGAAGUCCUCGACGCGCCCGUAAAGUGGUCUUUUAGGUAG